CUUCUCGUUCUUUUCCGGUUUAUUGAAUCCGUCUGCAGUAGGCAAAUUUAGCGCCGCUGUUAAACUAAACGAAAAUGUCAUUGGUGAUUCCAGAGAAAUUUCAGCACAUUCUUCGUGUGUUGAGCACCAAUAUCGAUGGCAAACGUACGGUUCCCAUCGCAUUGACUGCGAUCAAAGGAGUCGGUCGCCGUUAUGCCCAUGUAGUGCUCAAGAAGGCUGAUGUAGAUCCAUUCAAGCGUGCCGGAGAAUGUUCGGACGAAGAAGUGGAAAAGAUCAUUACCAUCAUUUCGAAUCCUCGUCACUACAAAAUUCCCGACUGGUUCCUCAACAGACAGAAGGAUAUUGUUGACGGUAAAUACAUGCAACUGACUUCGUCGAACAUCGACUCUAAACUUCGUGAGGAUCUGGAACGAUUGAAGCGAAUUCACGCUCAUCGUGGUAUGCGCCAUUACUGGGGUCUACGUGUCCGUGGUCAGCACACGAAAACCACGGGUCGUCGCGGUCGUACUGUGGGUGUGUCGAAGAAGAAGUAAAGUGCAAAGUGUUUGUAUAUCUCUUUGCCAUCCGCCUCGGUUGCAUUCGUUUGUAAUUGUGUGUCGACAGAAUGCAGUGAGCAUUUACAACAAACGAGUGCAGUGUUACUUCACUACGAUACUGUAGUUCAGUUUGCAACAUGCGUAGCGGGAUGAUAAAGAGGAAAACUUUGUAAAAAUGGAGUGCUCAAUAAAAAAAACACCUUUCAGGUGAAAGUACUUCAACAACUUGUAUUAUUCGCUACAAUGA